AUGACAGAAGGAGCAUUUUCACAGUCGGCAAAAGACUUCUUUGCUGGCGCAAGUGGAGGUGUAGCACAGGUUUUAGUCGGUCAGCCUUUUGAUUGUGUAAAAGUUCGUCUUCAGUCUCAGAGCAUCAGUUCUCCAUUGUACAACAAUGCUUUAGAUUGUGUCAAAAAAAUAUCCAAAAAUGAGGGUAUUGGAGCCCUUUACAAAGGUAGUGUUACACCCCUCUUAGGAAUUGGAUUUUGUGUCUCUGUCCAAUUUGCUACAUAUGAGUAUAUCAAACGGUUUUUUGGUCGUAAUGGGAAUCACAUGUCUGUGCCUCAAUAUUACAUUGCAGGUGCGAUUUCUGGGUUGGCCAGCUCAUUCUUAGUAGGCCCUGUCGAGCAUAUUCGUAUUCGUCUUCAAAUUCAGACGGACGCCAAUAAGUUGUACAGUGGGCCAUUGGAUUGUAUCAAGAAAAUAUCUUCCCAAUAUGGAAUGAAAGGAAUUAUGAAAGGGUUUAAUCCCACUGCCCUUCGUGAGGCUCAUGGUUCGGGUGUGUAUUUUCUGACUUAUGAAACGUUGAUAAAGAGUAGCAUGGAAAAGCAUCAACUGAAGGACCGUUCUAAAAUCCCAGGUUGGAAAUUAUGCGUUUUUGGUGCAGCAUGUGGAUACUCAAUGUGGAUAUUUGCCUAUCCUUUCGACAUUGUCAAGUCUAAAAUACAGACUGACGGCUUCCUAUCAAAAGCUAUCUAUAAAAGUGCCUGGCAAUGUGCUAAAGGAAUCUAUUCCACCUCCGGUAUGAUGGGAUUCUAUAGAGGUUUUAUUCCGGUUUUAAUACGUGCAGCUCCAGUAAAUGGUGCCACAUUUUAUGUCUAUGAAACCGUAUCUCAAAGUGUCCGUCAUCUUUAA